GUAGGUCAGUUUUCAAACCCUUCAGAAAAAAUGCUUCUUUCAACACUUCAACUCUCUCUCUCUUUCUCUCGUUUUAAGCCAUAAUUAUAUUCCUUUUCUUCUUCCCUACUCUCUCUCUCUCUUCUUUUGCCAGUUUCUCUUUUGCUCUUUAACCUUCAUCAUAAAACCCCUCAUUUCCUCUUCCAUUCCUCCUUCCCUUUCUCUCUUCUUCCGUUUUACAUCCCCAAAUUCGGAGUUCAAAGAGCUGGGAUUUCAUUUUCCCCAUCUGGGUUUUCUUCUUUACCUCUUCAAACUCCCCUUUCCACCCUUCUGCUCAUUUAUUUCACUCCAAGCCCUAGAUUUUUGCUCCAUUCUUUCACAUGGCUCAGAAGUCUUUGAUCUACGCUUUUGUCGCUCGUGGAACCGUGAUUCUCGCCGAGUACACCGAGUACAGUGGCAAUUUCAAUUCCAUUGCUUUUCAAUGCCUCCAGAAAUUGCCCACUGCUAAUAACAAAUUCACCUACAAUUGCGAUGGCCACACCUUCAAUUAUCUCGUUGACAACGGUUACACAUACUGCGUAGUUGCAACUGAAUCAGCAGGAAGACAAGUGCCCAUUGCAUUUUUGGAGCGUAUUAAGGAUGAUUUUGUGUCGAAAUAUGGAGGGGGAAAGGCUUCCAUGGCUCCUGCCAAUAGUCUUAACAAGGAAUUUGGGUCAAAAUUGAAGGAACAUAUGCAGUACUGUGUUGAUCAUCCUGAAGAGGUUAGCAAGCUUGCAAAGGUGAAAGCUCAGGUUUCAGAAGUGAAAGGUGUUAUGAUGGAAAAUAUUGAAAAGGUUCUUGAUAGAGGAGAGAAGAUAGAACUUCUAGUGGAUAAGACAGAAAACCUUCAUAACCAGGCACAAGACUUUAAGAGUAGUGGAACAAAAAUUCGAAGGAAAAUGUGGCUUCAAAACAUGAAGAUAAAGUUGAUUGUUUUGGGGAUUUUGAUAGCGUUGAUCCUUAUCAUAGUCCUGUCAGUUUGCCGUGGGUUCAACUGUGGUGGUAAAUGAAUACUUUCUCAAGGAGGAACCUCACACUGAAAUCUUUUGGCAUGAUGAUAUUUUGAGAGAGAGAAGUAAUAUACAUGAUUUGGCUGUGUAUGUAGUAAACGUUAAACAAAGUGCAGAAUAUCUGUUUUGUUAAAAGGCUAAAUUUACGUGUGAAUGAUAACCUAUAUUAUUCGUUAUCUUUUUUUUUUUUGUCAGAAGACAACAUGAGGGUUGGAUUUUCUGAAUUGGUGAUAAAAAUGUGCUGUUCUGCUUUAA